UAUCAAAGUACUACUCCGUUUGUUGGUUUCGAAGCAGGUGAAAGUCUGCAGUGUGAGUGUACUAUGCCGUGUUUGGUUUUCCGAGAAGUGUUUGUUCGGUGGCUUUUGUUUCUCUUUCACCGUUUGGAACUGAAUUUGAUUACUCCAUCUCCAUGUUGAUAUUUUGAUUCGAAUUUGAAGAUUGUUCAUGUGUUGAGUUGAGUGCCAUGAUUCGUUACAUUUUGCUUCAUCAUUCACGCCCUCCUCCUCCUCUUCCUCCUCUCAAAUCCAAAUUCCCUGCACUUCUUCAUUCUCACCAUUCAUUUCCAAUUGGACUCAAACCCAAACCAAACUUCACCUGCCAGGCGGUGUUUUCCGAUGAUGCCCCCUUUGCUGCGGCGAUCGGAGCUUGCAUGCUGACUUCUCUGCUUUUUCCGGUGACUCUCCUCCCUGUCCCUGAAGAGGAGGAGGAUGCCAUCACACCAACCGAUGCAAGGUUCGCUGUCAUGGGAAUCAUUAGCUUCAUCCCUUAUUUCAAUUGGCUGAGUUGGGUUUUCGCAUGGUUGGAUACCCGCAAACCACGUUAUGCUGUCUUUGCACUUGUUUAUUUGGCUCCUUAUCUCAGGACAAAUCUAUCAAUUUCACCUGAAGAAAGCUGGCUGCCUAUUGCUAGCAUUCUCUUCUGCAUCGUUCACAUUCAGCUCGAAGCUAGCAUCAGAAAUGGAGAUAUUCAGGGGUUUCGACUAUUUAGGAACAUUGGUGACCAGCCAUCAUCAAGUGCUGGGAAGAGUGGUCACUUGAAUCAGCAUGAAGAAAUGUCUGAAGAGGGAAAUAAGAAAGGAAAGCAGAACCUGCCUCCACCACAAGUACAAUUAAGGGAUAUUGGGGAUUGGGAUGAUUCUCAAAGGCCACCAAAAUUCCAACAGCACUUGAAUGAAGAUUUGGAGAAUGAUGGUGAAUAGAGAAGCAAGCACUAAACUACGAGAUGUAUGCAUUUGUAAUGACCAUCAACUAACAUCAAGUCGAAGAUAGAAGUUUUAAUGGUACUGUUCCGCCGUGUCUGAUUAGUUGCGUUUUAAUGAAACUAUGGCAUUGUCUUAAUGUUGUUCUGUUACGAUCUUGGAUUCCUUUCAUUGUUUGUGUUCAGCUUGUAGUUAUUUUCUAGAGCAUGUUAAAGGUGCCAUUUUCAGUUGUCAUUGUAUAAAUGGAUGAUGCAGCAGUACAGAGGCUGUUCAGAAUAAUUUGGUGAACACUGAAUAUUGUGGCAAAAAAUUACAGAUUACUUCAGACGUGAUAUGGAUUUUCUCA